ACUCUUCUUUCACUGAAAUCUCCAUGCAAAACCAAUAAUAAGAUAAAUAAAAAAAUAAAUAACUAAAAUAAUAAUCAAUCAAGAAGAAGAAGAAGAAGAAGAAGAAGAAGAAGAAGAUGAUGAUGAUGAUGAUGCAUCACCUUCCAUCAAUCCCCUCCUCCAUCCUCCCAUCCUCUUCCUCCUUCAAACCCCUCAAUUCCUCCUCCUCUUCCUCCAUUCCCAUCACCACCAACAACAACAACAACAACAUCACGGAAUCCCAACUCCUCUCUCUCCUCCGCCAAAACAAAACCGACGAAGCCUACUCCGCUUACCUCCGGUGCACUCACCUCCCCGGAUCCAUCCCUCUCAGUCGUCUCCUCGCCCAACUCUCCUACCAACCCUCCCCUUCCUCCCUCUCCCGUGCCCUCUCCAUCGUUCGCCGCCUUCGCUCCUCCAACCAGCUCCACCGCCUUGACUCCAACUCCCUCGGCCUCCUCGCCGUCGCCUCCUCCCGCUCCGGCAACCUCCGCUUCGCUCUUUCCCUCAUCCACUUCAUUCUCCGCUCCGGCUUUCUCCCCCACGUCAAAGCCUGGUCUGCCGUCGCCGCUCGCCUUGCCUCCUCCCCCGAUGACGGCCCUUCCUCCGCCCUCCGCCUCUUUGAUUCCAUUCUCCACCGUCUCCGCUCUCUCCCUUCUCCCCUCUCCUCCGACUCCCUCCCCGACACUGCCGCCUUCAACGCCGCCCUCAACGCCGCCGCCAAUCUCGGCGACAUCCCUAAAUUCCUCAACCUAUUCGAUGAAAUGCCCCACUUUUCCGCCCGCCCUGACAUCCUCACUCACAACAUCCUCAUCAAGCUUUGCGCCCGCGCUGAGCGCAGGGACCUUUUGCCCCUUGUGUUAAUCCGCAUCAUUCGCUCAAAGCUCGUGCCUUGCAUCACGACGCUGCACUCUCUUGUCGCCGCCUACGUCGGUCUCGGCGAUCUCAACACCGCUGAGCUUCUUGUGCAGGCUAUGCGCGAUGGUCGGGCUGAUAUCCCGGCCAUUCUCAGCUCCGCGAGUCAUGCUCACAACCUGUUCGACGAAUUUCCCGGUGAAACUCACAGGCAUCUUGAGAAGCUAGUGAUGAAUUUUGAGCACAAGGAUGAUGAUGGUGAUGAUCCUCCAUUGAUGCCAAAGACUUACAAGCCGGAUUCAAGGAUCUACACUACAUUGAUGAAAGGAUACAUGAACAAGGGCCAUGUCGACGAUGUCGUUAGAAUGAUCACAGCAAUGCAGCGUGAGAAUGAUCCGGCCAGCCAUCCUGACCAUGUCACAUAUACAACUGUUAUCUCAGCUCUUAUGAAAGCCGGGGAGAUGGAUCGAGCACGGAAGGUGCUCGAUGAAAUGUCGAUAGCCGGAGUUCCUGCUAAUCGUGUUACUUACAAUGUGUUGCUUAAAGGAUACUGCCAAAAACUUCAGCUCGACAAGGCGAAGGAGUUGGCGAAGGAGAUGUUGGAGCGGAAGGGGUUAGAGCCGAAUGUGGUUUCUUAUAAUAUUUUGAUCGAUGGGUGCAUUUUGUUGGAUGAUAGCGCCGGAGCGUUGGCUUAUUUUAAUGAAAUGCGGGAGCGGGGGAUUGCUCCGUCGAAAGUUAGCUACACGACGUUGAUGAAGGCGUUUGCGUUGUCGGGCCAACCAAAGUUGGCUCAUCAAGUGUUUGAUGAAAUGGCGAAGGAUAAGAGAGUGAAAGUAGAUAGAGUUGCAUGGAACAUGUUAGUCGAAGGAUACUGCAGACUAGGAUUGAUAGAGGACGGUAAGAGAGUUGUCGAGAAGAUGAAGGAGAGUGGAUUGCAACCCGAUGUGGCAACAUAUGGAAGCCUGGCCAACGGCAUUGCAUUGGCAAGAAAGCCCGGGGAGGCGUUGUUGUUAUGGAAUGAGGUGAAAGAACGGCGUGAAGGAUCUCCGGCUUUAAAACCAGAUGAAGGAUUGCUUGAUGCAUUGGCUGAUGUUUGUGUAAGAGCGGCAUUUUUCAAGAAGGCGUUGGAGAUAGUAGCAUGCAUGGAGGAGUGUGGGAUAUUGCCGAAUAGAGCAAAGUAUAAGAGGAUAUAUGUGGAGAUGCAUUCAAGGAUGUUUACGAGUAAGCAUGCAUCGAGGGCGAGACAAGAUAGGCGGGCUGAGCGGAAGAGGGCGGCCGAGGCGUUUAAGUUUUGGCUUGGGUUGCCGAAUGAGUACUAUGGGAGUGAAUGGAGGCUUGAGCCAUUGAAUGGAGAUGGAGCUGUGGAUGAGUUCGAGUUCGGAGAUUCAUCAGAAUCAUAGGUUUGUUCUUCCUUGUUCCUCUUGUUCAUUCAGUAUUUGCACUUACAACAAUUGACGCAAUGUUGUGAUUAUUGUUUGUGUUGUCCUGUGUUAUUUCCAUCAAAAGAAAGGCUAGAAUUUGUAUAAUUUGUUGUAAUCUUAACUCUCUGAUUAUUCUUAACAAAAAAAAAAGAGAACAUAGGGUUCAAUUA